GCAUCAAUCUGAUUGGCUGCAGCACACCGCAUCGUGAACGAGCUGAGUGAAGCUCUGCAUCAUAAACUUAGCAUUUUUAUCGCAGUAAACAUAAAACACAAUAAACAACAUCACUGUUUUAUUUCUUUAGUUUCUAAGCGUUAGCGAAGCCUUCGAAAGAUGUCUUUCCAUGCUGGCCGUGGAUGCCCGAGGGGAAGACCAGCAGCUCCGGGCCCAAUGUAUCGGCCCGCUCCCCCACGGUAUCACUACGACCCUCCAGCCACUCCCAGUCCCAUCUAUAACCCUCAAGGCGGCAGUUGCUACAUGCCACCUCAUCCCGACUUCAUGCCAUUCCAUUUCCCUGCACCAUCACAGGGCACUAACGCUCUUCCCCAGUGCCCCAUACGCCCUCCGGUCUUCACAGAGCCACCCCCUUUUCCUCCACCUGCUCCUCACAACUCAGACAGCUCUGUUCCCAUUCCAGUUCAGAGCUCUUACCCCUACAUGAUGCCCACCGUCACCCAUCCACCCCUUCCACCUGUGCCACCCUCAGUGCCACCUUCCAUGCCCUACCCGCCAUCAUAUCCCAUGAGCUACCCUCCACAGCCACAGCUCCCUCCUCCACCGAGCUUCAACCCAGCUUACGUGCAGCCUGGAGGUUCCUUCAAACCUGAACGCUCCCGCCCGCCUCUGCAGUACAAGGCAGACUCCGGUUCUCAAUCUCCUGAAAGACUUCGUCACCAUGAUGACCACCGGCACAGUGGCCACAGCUAUGGAGGAUAUGGAGGCCGACAUAACCGAGAGUUUGGAGGAGAGAAACGGGACAGAGGGUGCAGUUCCGAGCGCAGGAGGUCAGACAGCCCACGGUGUAAAGCAGACUAUGACAGAGGACGCGUGCCAUCGAGACACCGCAGCAGAGAACGCUAUCGGCAUAGAGAUGAGCCGGGUUCAUCCCCCUCAGACAGACACAGAAAACACAUUCGCAAUCGCUCAGGCAGUCGCGAGAGAAAGCGCCGACGUGUGGAGGAGGAGAAAGAGAGGAGAACAGACAGCGCCUCAAGCAGUCGAGAGAGAUCUGUAAGCUACAGCAGGAGUAGAGAUGCAGAGGAGACGUCGACUGAACGUCAUGAGGAGGAGAAAGGAGAGGAGGAGUUACUCAAACCUGCCUGGAUCCGCUGUACACAUGCUGAGAACUACUACUCAAACGAUCCCAUGGACCAAGUGGGUGACUCUACAGUCGUGGGCACUAGUAAGUUGAGAGAUCUGUAUGAGCGCUUUGAGGAAGAGCUUGUUCAGAGGCAGGUGCGGGCCAAAUCCAGUAGGCCUAAAUGGGAACCACCCGAGACCAAACUGGACCAGGAUAAGGAUGAGAGCUCCAGUGAUUCAGAAUGUGAUUCUGAUGGAGGCGGUAGCAGCUGCUCCAGCAGUUCUGACUCUGAUGUAUUUGAUGUCAUUGCUGAGAUCAAGAGGAAGAAAGCUCAUCCUGACCGCCUCCAUGAGGAGCUGUGGUACAAUGACCCCGGACAGAUGAAUGACGGGCCGUUAUGCAAGUGCAGUGCCAAAGCCAGGCGAACUGGAAUCCGACACAGUAUUUAUCCGGGUGAACAGCCAGUGAAAGCGUGUCGGCCGAUGAAUAACAAUGCUGGUAAACUGUUCCACUACAGAAUAACCGUGUCCCCACCCACCAACUUCCUAACAGAUAGACCCACGGUUAUUGAGUAUGAUGACCACGAGUACCUUUUUGAGGGCUUUUCCUGCUUCUCUCACACACCACUUAAUAAUAUCCCUUUGUGUCGGGUUAUUCGCUUCAACAUCGAUUACACCAUCCACUUUAUCGAAGAAAUGGCACCUGAGAACUACUGCGUUAAAGGCCUGGAACUGUUUUCUUCGUACCUCUUUAAAGACAUCUUGGAGUUGUAUGAUUGGAACCUCACAAGUCCUGAAGAAAACAGCCAGUCAGGUUGUCAGAUGUUUCAUUUUAUGCCACGGUUCGUUCGGUUCCUCCCAGAUGGAGGAAAGGAGGUGCUGUCCAUGCACCAGGUGCUGCUGUAUCUGCUGCGCAGCAGCACAGCUCUAGUUCCCGAAGAGGAGAUCGCAAACAUGCUACAGUGGGAGGAGCUGGAGUGGCAGAAAUACGCUGAGGAAUGCAAGGGCAUGAUCGUCACCAACCCUGGCAUGAAACCCAGUUCUGUGAGGAUUGACCAGUUAGAUCGUGAGCAGUUCAAUUCCAGUGUCAUCACUUUCCCCAUCAUUGUGCAUUUUGGUAUCCGACCUGCCCAGCUUAGCUACGCCGGUGACCCGCAGUAUCAGAAGUUGUGGAAGAGUUAUGUGAAAUUGCGGCACUUGUUGGCCAACAGCCCAAAGGUUAAACAAAUUGACAAACAGAAGUUAACGCAAAGAGAGGAAGCUCUGCAGAAGAUCAGGCAGAAGAAUACAAUGAGAAGGGAGGUCACAGUGGAGCUCAGCAGUCAGGGUUUCUGGAAGUCUGGUAUCCGCUCUGAUGUUUGCCAGCAUGCCAUGAUGCUGCCGGUUCUCACCCACCACAUCCGCUACCACCAGUGCCUGAUGCAUUUAGACAAGCUGAUCGGUUACAUGUUCAAAGAACGAUGCCUGCUGCAGUUGGCAAUGACUCACCCCAGUCAUCAUCUAAAUUUUGGGAUGAAUCCUGAUCAUGCUCGCAACUCUCUGUCAAACUGUGGCAUACGCCAGCCCAAAUAUGGAGACCGGAAAGUGCAUCAUAUGUUCAUGAGGAAAAAGGGAAUCAACACCUUGAUUAAUAUUAUGUCAAGAUUGGGCCAGGAUGACCCAUCACCCUCCAGAAUCAAUCAUAAUGAGCGCUUAGAGUUUCUUGGUGAUGCAGUUGUUGAGUUCUUGACCAGUGUGCAUCUCUACUACCUGUUCCCAAACCUGGAGGAGGGAGGACUCGCCACAUAUCGCACAGCAAUCGUUCAGAAUCAGCAUCUUGCUAUGCUUGCUAAGAAAUUGGAGUUGGAUCGGUUCAUGUUAUAUGCCCACGGCCCUGACCUGUGCAGGGAGUCAGACCUCCGACAUGCCAUGGCAAACUGUUUUGAGGCCCUGAUAGGGGCCGUUUACCUAGAAGGUGGUUUAGAGGAAGCCAAGCAACUCUUUGGGAGACUGCUGUUCAGCAGUGAGGAGCUGAAGGACGUUUGGCUCAACUAUCCACCUCAUCCUUUACAGGUACAGGAGCCACUGACAGACCGGCAGUUGAUCGAGUCCUCUCCAGUUCUGCAGAAACUCACAAAUUUUGAGGAUACCAUCGGAGUGCUAUUCACUCACGUACGUCUCCUAGCACGGGCUUUCACUCUGCGAACAGUGGGCUUCAACCACCUCACCCUAGGCCACAACCAGAGAAUGGAGUUCCUGGGAGAUUCUAUCAUGCAGCUGGUGGCAACAGAAUAUCUGUUCAUCCACUUUCCAGACCAUCAUGAAGGACAUUUGACACUACUGCGCAGCUCCUUGGUGAAUAACCGGACUCAAGCGAAGGUUGCAGAGGAAUUGGGCAUGCAGGAAUAUGCUAUUACUAACGACAAGACCAAACGUCCUGUUGCCUUGCGGACCAAGACUUUAGCCGAUCUGCUGGAGUCAUUCAUUGCAGCUCUUUACAUAGAUAAAGACUUGGAGUUUGUGCACACAUUUAUGAAUGUUUGCUUUUUUCCACGACUCAAGGAGUUUAUCUUGAACCAGGACUGGAAUGAUCCAAAAUCACAGCUGCAGCAAUGUUGCCUAACCCUGCGGACGGAGGGCAAAGAGCCAGACAUUCCCCUAUACAAAACACUUCAGACAGUUGGACCCUCUCAUGCCAGGACCUACACAGUGGCAGUGUAUUUUAAAGGUGAACGGAUUGGCUGUGGAAAAGGACCAAGUAUUCAGCAAGCUGAGAUGGGUGCAGCCAUGGAUGCGCUGGAGAAAUAUAACUUUCCUCAGAUGGCUCAUCAGAAACGCUUCAUUGAAAGAAAGUACCGACAAGAACUGAAGGAGAUGAGAAGAGAGCGGGAUCGACAGGAGAGAGAUAGUGAUGAAGGGUAGAAAAGCAGAAGGUGAAGGGAAAAAAGCAAGAUGUUACAUGUAGUGAGUCAUACAACAGCAAGCUAAGGAAAGCAAGAAUCUUUUUGUUUUGUUUUGUUUUGUAUAUAAAGGUGUAUAAAUCUGUUUGUUAAUCCAAUUCAUACCGUUGGAAUGUUUUAAAAAGAGAAAAUCUUAAUAAAUCAGACCAUCAGAAUGUUUAUUGUGUGCAUCAUUUGGUCAAACCACAGAGCAUAUCAUUUGGUCAAACAGUCUUUUGUACAAUGAUCAUAAUCUAACAACAUUUGAUUGUGAAAAAUGGCUGUUACAUACAAGGCAUAUGUGCAACAACUAAUUUAAUUCACAUUUAAAUGGAAAUUUUGUAACUGACUAGUUGACUGGUCUAACAAACCCCCAGACAAGGCAAAAACAUUAUUUAUAAAUGAUCCAUUUAAAAUCGGCUUACAUAAUAUAUUAAUCAAACAUGAUGCUGAAAAAAAAAAAAAAAAAAGUCGUAUACAUGAGAUGUGCUUGCCUUGCAUUAUGAUCAUUGUUCAUUAAUUAAACUUAUUUCAGUUACUUUUAAGUGCAAUGCAAGUGCUUUUUUUUUUUCUGAGUAUGUAUCUCUUACUUAUCCAGCUACUUUUUUCUUAAUCAUGCAGGGGGAAAAAAUAUUAGAGAGAUGAGUAUUUUAAAUAUUAGAUGAUUUGACCUUUUAAAAUGGGUCAAGUUUAGUUCAGGUUAAAAAAUGUGAUGUGGUGUGACCCAAAAAUGCAUAGUAUUACUGCAAAACAUUUCCUGAUGUGCACACUCAAGAUAUAUCUGGUUACGUCACAAUCUAUUUUGAGCAAAAUGUAAACUGGAAAAUAUAAAAUGGAAUAAAUUUUGGUUUUUGUAACCA